UGUAUGAAUGUAUGAAUGCUGAUUGUAUUGUUUUGUGCAUUAUUCUUAUAUGAUUGCUUCAAAUAAACCAUUUCAAAUCCAGUCAAAAUCAAAAUAUAUGCCUCUGGGGGUCACGGGGGUCGCCAAAGCCUGUCCUGGCUACUGUGGGGCAAAGACGGGGACUCUGGACCCUUUUUUAAAUUCGAAAAGCAUCCAAAUUUAUUUGAAGUACCUCAAUAAAAAAUAAACUUGCAAAAGUAAACAGCCUGUAGUUGCAGUCUGAAAGGGAUUUAGUUUAAAUCUGAGUCUAAUACAGUAAAUAAAGUGGUGUUCCAUAUUUUGUGAAACACAAAUUGUUGUUGGUGUUACUGUGACUGUAAAUCUUCCUGUACUGUGUAUAUUUUUUGUUACUAAACCUAAUUUGUUUUCCUAAAAUAAUGUCAGCUUCUGUUCUCCUUCCAUUGCACAAAAAGGAAAUGUAUAAGUUAACGUUACCUUCUAAUUUGAUUUUUUUUUUUACCUUUUCCAAAACAGUUUUAUUCAAAGUUGUGUGUGAUGAAAGAAGUUUUAGUUAACAUGAAAUGUCUGGGUUGCGCAGGCGUAGAGACAGUCUUUGCAUGCCUCAGCAGUGAGCUUGCUCGCCGCGGCUGCUUUCAAUUUGACAGAAACUCGUCUCACAGCCGUGUAAAUAUCAGCCACUAUUGCCUUUUCUUUUAUUGUUCUCAUGCAAUCUUUGUGGCCAUUGUUGCUAAGCCCUGCAGUAUUUCACCACCACAGAUGCCCAAACUUUUUACAAAAAAUCCACCAAAAAAACAGUUUACCUCAGCAACCAACUUGCCUGACCGGUAGGAGCAGUGCAGCACAUCUGGGAAAUUCUCACUUCCCUCUGUAAAGUUUUAAUAUCCUCUUCUUGUACAGCAUAUUUUAGUCUGCACGUCUGUCGUUGUUCAACAGACACGUCUGAUAGCUUUUCAGGACGGACUGGCUGAUUUGCAACCAGAAAAUGUCCAAAAAGGGAUUUAAAGUUGAGAUGUUUUUAGUUUUCCUCUGUUGGUUCGGCUGCAGCAGAGCUGUGCCACUAAAACCCAACCAGGAGGCUGUGAAUGACAGACCUGUGAUCGGCAUCUUGACUAUGAUCGUUUCAGAUGAGACCAUGAAACCUUUUGGAAAAACUUACAUUCCUGCCUCCUAUGUGAAAUACAUAGAGUCUGCGGGUGGCAGAGUGAUGCCAAUCAGAUUAACUCUUACUACCACCGAAUAUGAAAAGAUCUUCAAAAGUAUAAAUGGCUUGCUUUUCAUUGGUGGAGCUACGGAUUUGGAAACCUCCGAUUUUGCCAGGGUGGCCAGGAUUUUCUAUAAACUAGCACUGGAGGCCAAUGAUGCUGGGGACUAUUUUCCUAUCUGGGGCACGUGUUUGGGCAUGCAGCUGCUCACGGUCCUGGUGGCUGGCGAAAACCUGCUGUCAAGGACAACAGCAGAGAAUGUGGCUUUGCCGCUCAACCUCACCACAGGUAACCAGCAGGUUAGCACAGAAGCUCAGUCCAGCAGGAUGCUCAAGGAUUUCCCUGAAGAUCUUGUCAAAGCAAUAACACAAGAACCUCUAACUGGCAAUUUUCAUCAUUAUGGCCUUUCAGUGCAGAGCUUUCAGGAAAACGAGAAGCUGCGCAGUUUCUUCUCCCUCCUUUCCACCAACAUUGCAGAGAACGGAGCUCACUUCGUCUCCACCUUUGAAGGUAAAAGGUAUCCCAUCUACGGCGUUCAGUGGCAUCCAGAGGUCAACCGUUUUCAGUGGAACAGGAAUCUGAAUUUCCCUCACUCCUCCCAUGCUGUUCAUUUAUCAUCUCUGCUGGCUGAGUUUUUCAUCAAUGAAGGAAGGAGAAGUUCACAUCAUUUUGACAAUCUGGAGGAAGAGGAGUCAUCGCUGAUUUACACCAACACCCCCCUCUACACUGGAAACUUCACAGCGUAUGAGCAGGUUUAUUUCUUCUAAGAUUAGGGGCUGACUGGAUCCAUGUCUGCUGCUCUCCACAUCCAAAUAUGUUAGUGUUGAUUACAGAGAAGCCUUGGAACGGAGGCCUGACUCACCCCUGUUGUUUCUAGGUGCUCUUUUCUUAAUCAGGAAGUCUUUGCUACUGCUUUAGUAACUUUGGUGACUCAAAAUAAGUGAUUUCAAGCAUCACAAAGGGGAUUUUGAUCAAACAAAAAUACUUGGAGCUUUACAUAGCUUCACAUGUGACCCUGAAUAAUAAUAAUUGGCAGUAUUGUAUUCAUAAUUUUGAAAAAUAAUAAGACGUUUUAGGAUCAAAUGUUGCCAUAGAAAAUCCAAAACAUUUUGAUAAGACCAUUUAAGAAUAACAAAUAUUCAGAAAAAAAUGCUGAAUUGCUUUGAUGUCAAAGGAACCAAAAUUAAACAAAAUGAGCCACAAAUCUGCUAAAAUACGUGAAAUAAAUUCAGUUUUAUAUGAAAGUGAAAUUAAAAAAAAGAUGGUGAAAUACUUUUAGCCAAUGGAAAGUAACAAAAGUGGGGGGGAAAACAAAUUAAAGACAAACUUCUAUGAUGAUGCAGAAAAAAUAAACAGAAUAAACAAAA